AAGGUAAUUGAAACCAACCCUAAGCUCUUUUUAUCUCCGCCCUAAAGGUAGCCCCGAUUAUUGCUGACUUAAGCAUCGGAGUGUCUACCUCGAGUUCCACCUUGGGGCUUUGCAGGUCAUUCCGGAGUGCAAGCACGGACUGAGAAAGGACUUCUGGUUUGGUGCAAUUACAUUGGCACCGUCUGUGGGAAUCGAACUGAAAGCUUUCUAGUUGCUCUUUUAUCAUGGUUCACACUCGAUCAGUCCGAGCUGGUAAUUCAUCUCUGCCUCUUUGGCAAGGUCAACCCCCCAACAACCUUCCACCUCUGAUCCCACCUCAACCCCCCAACAACCUUCCACCUCAUUUAGCGACUCUUGCAGUUCUUUAUUUUUCUUUUCCAGCUCUUCCUUCUCCUUCUGCAGCUGGUCACGCUGCCUCUGCAAAAGUGAGCGCUCCUUCAGGCUCUCCCUGAAUUCCUGGGUUAGACGAUUCACCCAGCUCGCGCUCUGCAAAUCAAAGCAGAGGUUAAGGGAGAAAGGAGAGAGACACUUCGAUUAACUCAAAAUCAGAGGUUCAUAUACAUUACCUGAUUUCGGUUUCGAAAGACUUGAUGUAGAGAUCCCCAGUUGAUGCCGCAGUUCACGCGCACGAAACACACAGUAAAGCUUUUCGCAGAAA